ACUUUCCUAUACAUUACUGCAGGCCAAAGGCUGUCUUGAAGUUAGUCUUGAGCUUACACCGUAGGGAUAGCAAGCCGUCCAACUUAAAGAAAAUAGAGGAAGAUUGGUUAAGAACUGAGGCAAAAACAUGCCGUUAAAACUAAUCAUAGUGACGUGUGUGUUAUACCACAGUUCGGUGGCGGAACAUUACAAAACGAAGCCUGAUUUCGUAAAGACUUGCUUCAAGAGUGACCCUGACUUCGACGACUGUUCAAAGACGGCUGUCCAACAACUUUUCAAUGCCUUAGGCCCAGGGCUUCCAGAAAUAGGGUUGGAGCCUCUGGAUCCGUUGAAAAUUCCGAAAAUAAGAAUUUUGCAAGGUGAUGGACCAGUUAACGUCAAUGCUGCACUGGAUAACGUCACUGUGACCGGAUUCGGCCAAACAGAUGUUUUAUUGAGCCAAGUGGAUGGUAAAACAUACGACUUUUAUACUAGAGUAAGAGUCCCAAAUAUCAGGAUAGAGGGCACUUAUGAUCUCAAAGGAAAGAUUUUAUUGAUACCCUUGGUUGGACGCGGACGCUGCUGGUUUGAACCAACGAACAUGACAAUUGACAUUGUCAGCGACGUCAAAACUUACGACAAGGAUGGCUUUGUAUUUUUUAACGUCACGGCUGCACAUGUAAAAUACAACAUUGGCGGUAUGAGUUUGCGGAUGAAUAAUUUAUUUGAUGGCAUUAAAUCUUUAGAGGAUAGUACGAACUCCUAUCUUAACGCUAAUUGGCGGCCAGUAUCUGAAUCUUUACGACCUAUUCUGACCAAGACAAUUGAGGACAUUCUGUUGGAGUUCAUGCAACAUUUAUUUCAUAACCUGCCUGGCAAUUUCAUGAUUGGGGAUGUUAAGAAUAACGUCGUUAACAAAAAACCUGACAAGAAACAUUAAUUUUAAAUAACGGGAUUUGUGCGCGUGUAAAAUAAGUAUGACUGUGUAUGAUUAAAAAAAAUAUAAUUUAUGUAAGUUUAAAUUGACA